AUGGGGGCCAGGCAGUCUGGUGCCCGCUGCAAGGACAAGGGCCGCCCGGGGCGGGGCGUCCUGCGGGGGAGGCAGAAGUUCUCCCCGUGGGACGAUGCUCUGCUCUCGGGGAGGGACCCGCGGUGUCUGCUGAAGCGGGGCCUGCGGCACGUCAGUUUCAGCCUGGUCACCAAGGGUAUGACAGAUGCUCCCGACUUCCUGUGGAGCCUGUCAGAGGUGCAGAAGCUCAACCUGUCCCACAACCAGCUCCGGGCCCUCCCACCCGAGGUGGGGAAGCUGACACGGCUGGUGGUCUUGAACUUGUGCGGGAACCGCCUGAAGACCCUGCCCCGGGAGGUCAGCCUCCUCCAGAGCCUCAAGGUCCUGUUUGUGCACAUGAACUGCCUGACGGAGCUGCCGGCAGAGCUGAGCGCCUGCCGGAACCUGGAGGUCCUGAGCCUGUCGCACAACUUCCUGUCCCAGCUCCCCGCCAGCCUCGCCGACCUCUCCCGGCUGCGCAAGCUGAACCUCAGCCACAACCGCUUUGCGCACAUCCCUGUCUGCGUGUUCUCGCUCAGGGAGCUGGACUUCCUGCACGUGGGCUCCAACCGCCUGGAGAACAUUGCCGAGAGCAUCCAGUGCCUGGCCAGCCUGCAGAUCUUCAUUGCCGAGAGUAACAACAUCCACACCUUCCCCCGCUCCCUCUGCCUGCUCACGAGCCUGGAGCUGCUGAACUUGAACAACAAUGACAUCCAGACCCUCCCCGAGGAGCUCUACCUGCUGUGCAGACUGGCCAGGAUCGCUUGGAACCCCAUGGACAAAGGGCUUCACAUUUCCCACAACCCUUUAUCCAAACCUCUGCCCGAGCUGCUGGAGGGGGGUCUGGAGAUGCUCUUUAGCUACCUGAAGGACAAAAAACACACCUGA